UCCCUGGAGGAGAUCUACCAUGGCUCCACUAAGCGCAUGAAGAUCACAAGACGGCGCCUCAACCCUGAUGGGCGAACUGUGCGCACCGAGGACAAAAUUCUGCACAUCGUCAUCAAGCGUGGCUGGAAGGAAGGUACCAAGAUCACCUUCCCCAAAGAGGGCGAUGCCACACCUGACAACAUCCCAGCCGACAUUGUCUUCGUGCUCAAAGACAAGCCGCAUGCGCACUUCCGCCGAGAUGGCACCAAUGUGCUCUACAGUGCGCUGAUCAGCCUCAAGGAGGCGCUGUGUGGCUGCACUGUGAACAUUCCCACCAUUGAUGGCCGAGUGAUCCCUUUGCCCUGCAAUGAUGUAAUCAAGCCAGGGACCGUGAAGAGACUCCGUGGGGAGGGCCUCCCCUUCCCCAAGGUGCCCACUCAGCGAGGAGACCUCAUUGUUGAGUUCAAAGUUCGAUUCCCAGACAGAUUAACACCACAGACUCGGCAGAUCCUUAAGCAGCACCUACCCUGCUCCUAGACUGCCCUGGCCAGUCUGGAGCCUACCACAGCAAUACCCCACACUCACCCCAUCUCAUGUGGACCUGGCUGGGUGUCCACCAGACACUGGCACUUUUCUAAAAUGCAAAAAAAGCCACUGAUUGUCAGGAAAAUGUUCCUGUCCCCAACCCCUUUCAGAGCUGGGCUGCUUUGGGGGAAUGGGAGGGAGGUGGGGAGAGCUAGCCCAGGCCAGGGGUCAAUUUUCUGUCACUAGCUUUGAAUCCAGUCCCCACUCCAGUGGCUGGAGAGUGACUUGAGUGCUUUUUGAAGAUAUAGAUUCCUUAUCCACGCCUGUAAAUAGCAUGUCCUCCUCCCCUCUCAGCCUUGCUAACACCUUUCCUCUCCCUUCCCUUUGGCUUCCUCCUGUUUCUGGAGAAAGAGGACAGAAAGGACACCUCAUGCCCCAGGUCUGUAGUGUCCAAGGCCAGAAAACAAGUAUUCAUGCACAUGAUACACUCAGCUAAAGUGGUCUGUGUCUCUCUGGAAGACGAGAGGAGAUGACAUAGGAAGGGAAGGUCCGUUACCUGUGAACAAGGCCAUUCAUUGAGCACGAGACACUUUUCAUUUGGGGCAGGGAGGUGAACUAAUACUCAGGAGCCUCCCCAAUAGCUGUCCUGCCCACACUUGGAAGAGUUGUAGGGUCUGUCCCCACCCCCAGCUGCUCUGAGGAGUGUUCAAGGGUGGGGAAAAGAGGGGCUGGAGCAUUACAGCUAAAGAAAGGACAGGACCCAUCUCCCAGGCAUCAUCAGGAAGGAAAAGGGCUUUGGGGUCAGGUGGCAGCUACUCCCCCCACCAAGAGAUUCAGGAUCACAGGUUUCUCCCCACAUCUCUGAACUCAGGUCUAGCCACCCCAAACUUCCAAACCCCACUUUGUGAUAUGUGAAGCUACUUAUUUCUUAUCUUUCUUGGAGGCUGUGUCAGAAAUUUCCAGCCCCUCUCUGCCUGUGUGACUCCCACCCCACUCCCACAGUUGUAUAAAAGUCAAAUAAUGAAGGAGCUGGGAGAAGACUGCUUCAGCUGGUCCUGGGGUGGGGUCUUUAGGUUUUCUCACUUUGACAAAGCCCCUGAAUGUUUUUAUAGUAGUUUUUUGUAUUUUUUUGUAAUGACAGUAUUAUGAAAAAAAAUAAAGUAUUUUAAAAAUAUG